ACUACUUAUUUCCUUCAACUACAAAGCUAGUAGCUAGUAGCUAGCUGGCUAUGUAUCUUCGGCAGAUUUUCCGGACGCAGGUCGUCGGGUCCAGAACGACUCGCCUCCUUCGUGUGCACCGUGUUUGUCGAGCCGAGCUCCGGUGGCUGUGGCGAACCCGCAGCGCCCAACCACCGAGAGGUUUGAGACCACUGUGCACCAGAACAGAUGAGGUGAGUCUGGCCAAGGAGGCCAGCAAGAAGUAUGGCUCCGCGGCUCCAACCAUCUUCUCCAAAGUGCUUGAUAAAAGCAUCCCUGCAGAAAUCAUUUAUGAAGACGAGAAGUGUUUAGCAUUCAGAGAUAUCAGCCCACAGGCUCCUGUUCACUUCCUGGUCAUUCCCAGGAUCCCUAUUCCGAGAAUAAGUGAGGCCAAAGAUGAUGAUUCUGCUCUUUUAGGACAUCUGUUGGUUGUUGCAAAAAAUGUUGCUAAGCAAGAAUCUCUAAGUGAAGGAUACAGAGUGGUGAUCAACGAUGGGGUACACGGUUCACAGUCAGUUUACCACCUGCACAUCCAUGUCCUGGGGGGAAGGCAGAUGAAAUGGCCUCCUGGAUAGUUGUCUUGUGUUGUCGUUGUGUGUAAUAUAAGCAAUCAGUCACCCAGUCUGUAGGUUGGCACAAAGUUAAUCAGCAACUAUCUUAAUCAUUAACGCAGGAGUAAUUUUUAAAGCAAACCUGCACUUUAACUAUGGAGGGGUUUACUGUUCAUUCUUAGCUUUAAUGUCUCAUUAUAUCAAAACAUUUUUAUGUGUUUUCGAUAAGAAUGAUCAUUAAAUAAAACAAGAUACCUGACAGCAAAAUGUAUUCGUAUUUAGACAAACAAUCAACUGAUUAAGAGUCAUUAAUGUCAGGCUUACAGGAUAAUCUGUUCAUGUCUUUUGGUUUUUCUGGAAUGUAUGGAAUAUGCAUGCAUGUACUCUUUGUACAAACAUACUCUGACAUUAAAAUUAAAUGUGAAUCUUUAGAAUUUUAAAGAAUAAAAGUAAAUCAUUUUUUUGCAUCUUCAAAUAAAGACACUUUAUAACUUGUAA